ACAUACUUUUUUUUUUAUAAAACAAGUGUUGUGAUAUUAUUACCUUAAAUCUAUCAGAACACUAGACGGGUAUAAAACUAGUUUAAAUGGAAAUAGAAUCUACGGUACCACCACCGUCGACGAUGUUAACACGGCUCAACACCUUCGUAGCAACAUCCCGCGUCGGAAAACACUUCAAACUAACCGAACGCAACACCACCUUCACAACCGAGCUUCGAGCAGGCACGGCCACCUUCCUCACCAUGGCCUACAUCUUAGCCGUUAACGCCACCAUCCUCUCCGACUCGGGCGCCACAUGCUCGGUCCACGACUGCAUCCCUCUUUGCUCCAACCCAACCUUCAACUCCAACUGCACCGGCCCAAAUCUCCACCUCAUCAUCCCCACCACCUCUUGCAAGUUCCACCCAGUCAACCCCGGUUACACUGCUUGCUUACAAAGAGUCCGAAAAGACUUAAUCGUGGCAACCGUCGUAUCGUCUUUAAUUGGGUGCGUUAUCAUGGGAACUUUCGCUAAUUUACCGCUAGGUUUAGCUCCCGCAAUGGGCUCCAACGCGUACUUUGCGUACACCGUUGUCGGCUUUCACGGCUCGGGUAAAGUCUCAUACGAAAGCGCACUUGCGGCCGUUUUCGUCGAAGGAGUAUUAUUCCUUCUAAUCUCAGCCAUUGGAUUACGAGCAAAACUCGCGAAAAUAGUCCCGAAACCGGUCCGGAUCUCCUCAUCCGCGGGUAUCGGUCUAUUUUUAGCGUUUAUCGGCUUACAAAACAACGAAGGAAUCGGCUUAAUCGGCUACAGCUCCUCAACGCUCGUUACACUAGCCGCGUGCCCCGAAUCCUCACGUGCGAAACUCGCGCAAGUCAUCACUCUCCCAAACGGCACCGUUUCGGUUCUUUCCAACGUUUCCAGUGGUGUCAUGUGUGUUGGUAACAGAAUGGAGAGCCCCACUUUCUGGCUCGGCGUGGUCGGCUUCGUAAUUAUUUCAUAUUGUUUGGUUAAAAACGUAAAAGGGUCAAUAAUUUACGGCAUUGUGUUUGUAACCGCCGUUUCAUUGUUCCGUAACACGCAAGUAACCGCGUUUCCAAACACUCCGGAAGGUGACUCAUCUUACAACUACUUUAAAACAAUAGUUGACGUUCAUAAAAUCCGGUCAACCGCCGGCGCAUUAAGCUUUUCCGGCAUCAACAAACCGGCUUUCUGGGAAGCAUUAAUAACAUUCCUAUACGUCGACGUUUUAGACACCACCGGAACCUUAUACUCAAUGGCAAAGUUCGCCGGGUUUACCGACGAAAACGGCGAUUUUGAGGGGCAAUAUUUUGCGUUCAUGUCGGAUGCGGCGGCGAUUGUUGUCGGGUCGUUGGUUGGUACGUCGCCGGUGACGGCGUAUUUGGAAUCGUCAACGGGGAUAAGGGAAGGUGGGAGGACGGGGAUAACGGCGUUGACGGUGGCGGGGUGUUUUAUGGUGGCGUUUUUUUUCACGCCGUUACUGGCGUCGAUACCGGCGUGGGCGGUGGGGCCGGCGUUGAUAGUGGUGGGGGUGUUGAUGAUGAGAUCUGUGGUGGAGAUUGAUUGGGAGGAUAUGCGACAGGCGAUUCCGGCGUUUGUUACGUUGAUAUUAAUGCCGUUGACGUAUUCUAUUGCGUAUGGGUUGAUUGGUGGGAUUGGAACGUACAUGGUGCUUAAUUUUUGGGAUUGGGGUGAGGGGGUUUUGUGUAAGUUUGGGAUUGUUAAGGGGGGUGGGAGUGAUGGAAGAAGUGUAAGGGGGAGUUGUGUAGAUAAGGAAAGUAGUGUGGUGGGAAGUAGGAAUGCACUUGAGGUUUAGUUAGGUUGUUUUUUUAAGUUUUUUUCUUUUCGCUUUAGAGGUUUAGGUUGAUUAUUUUAGUUUUUUUUUUUGUUUUAGCUUUAUAAAUGGAUUGUUUAAUAUCUUUUAUUAUAACUUUGUAUAUGAAUGUGAAAAAUCUUGUUGAUUAUGAAGAUUAAAAUGUUUAGAG